AUGGAUGAUAACGAGACUAUCAGGGAGUUUUCUAGAAAAAUGAUGGGUAUUGUAAAUCAACUUAGGCUACUUGGUAAAGAGAUGGAUGAGGAAAGACUUGUUAGUAAAAUGCUGGGUAGUUUACCUGAAAAGUAUGAGUCAAAAAUCUCCUCACUAGAGGACUUUAGAGAUCUCAAUCAGAUGACUUUGAAAGAGCUGGUGAAUACUUUGGAGGGUUUAGAGCAGAAGAGAUCUUUUAAGCAAAAGGGCAUUCCUAAAAGUGCCUUGGCUGCUAAAACUAAGAAUUUGAAGCCUAGCAAUGGUAGUUCUAUGAGAAAUGAAGUAAGAAAAAAGGAUAAGAGUAAGAAGAUUGAUGAAAAGGGACAUGGGGAACAAAAGAAAAAGUUUCCACCAUGCUCUCAUUGUAAAAAUGCAAAUCAUACAGAAAAGUUUUGCUGGUUCAAACCAAAUGUCAAGUGCAGGAGGUGUCAACAGCAAGGACAUAUGGAGAAGGUUUGCAAAAGCAAAGAUAAAACUACUGAUGAGAAAGUUGCUGUAGUUGAAGAACUUCAAGCUAAUGAAAAGAUUCUUUUCAUGACUCCUACAAGUAGAAAAUUGAUAUAUCAUGUUUACUUCGCUCCUAAUGUUAGCCAAAAUUUGUUAAUUGUAGGGCAAUUAGUUGAUGAUAACUAUAUGCUUGUUUUCAAAGAUAAGACCUGUAUUGUUAGUGAUUCUGCUGGAGGUCCAAUGAAGACUGAGUCUUUAAAUGGGAGCAUAUUUUAUUUGUUGUUCAUUGAUGAUGUGACAAAGUUCAACUGGAUUUACUUCCUAAAAAGAAAAUUUGAAGCUUCUAAUGUUUUUGCUAAGUUAAAAGCUCUAGUGGAGAAUCAGCCAAGCCAAACCAUUAAAAAGAAUAGAACUUCUGAGAGGAAAAACAGAACAAUUAUGGAGAUGGCUAGAUGUUUGUUAUUUGAAAUGAGCCUACUAAAGUACAUGUGGGCAGAAGCAGCUAAUACUGCAAACUGUCUUCUUAGCAUUGCUCAAACCAUAGCUCUCCCAAACAAGACUCCAUAUGAAGCUUGGUUUAAUGUCAAGCCUUCGGUUAACCAUCUCAAAGUGUUUGGUUGCAUUUGUUACUCUAAAAUUCCUGAUGCUAAAAGAGGCAAACUAGAUGAAAAGUCUCUUGUAGUAGUCCAUCUUGGUUAUAACCAAGUAUCCAAAGGUUAUAGGGUGUUUGAUGUUAAGACAAGAAGGGAAUUUGUUAAUAGGGAUAUGAGAUUUGAUGAGGCAACAAAGUGA